AUGAGAGAUAUCUUUACAUGGCUUACGUCCUUCUUAAUCCUCAUUGCUCUUAUUUUGAUAAUUCCGCUGCAACUCAUGUGUUUGGAUGAUUUAGAGUUCGAUUACAUCAAUCCUUACGAUUAUUCGUCGCGGGUGAAGAUUCUGGUCCUCCUGGAAUUCAUGGGAGAAGGGAUUUUGUGUUUGUUCUAUCUAGUAACUGGGCAUUGGGUCAUGUCCAUGCUAUGUGCUCCCAUUUCAUACUUCAAUGUGAGACUCUACGCAACAGGAGAGCACCUAGUAGAUGUCACCGAGGUAUUUCUCUUGCUUCGUAGGGAGAAAAACCUACGGCGUUUGAAGCUCGCUUACCUCACUAUUCUUCUCUUCCUCGAUGUAUUAUGGAUGAUCCGGUCUGCGAUUGAAGACCAAGACGACGAUGAAGAUUACGGAGCCGACAGCUUUCUCGACUAG